GGUCUGUACGCCCCGCUCACGCGCACGCAUGCGUCAUCACGUAGCCAGCUGCUCUGUGCGUGUCUUUAGUCUCUUACUUGACAUGAAUUUCACGACAUUUUUGGCAUUUCACAUUGAAAAUGAACCAGGACUCUGAGUUCCUCGUCAGCUCGGGCAAUGGAGGAGUACAUGGUUUUGGGUCAGGUUGGAGAGGGCGCGUUUGGGAAAGCGCUGCUGGUCAGAGAGAAGAUGGGUUCAGGACGCCAAUGUGUGGUGAAGCAGGUCAGCCUGUCCCGGAUGUCCACUCGAGAAAGAGAAGCAGCCAUAAAGGAAGUGACUUUACUGUCCAAAAUGAAACAUCCUAACAUUGUGGCUUUCUUCCAGUCAUUUAAUGAAAGAAAUACUCUCUAUAUAGUGAUGGAGUACUGUGAUGGUGGGGAUCUCAUGAAGAAAAUCACUUUGCAAAGAGGACAGCCAUUCACAGAGGAACAGAUAAUAGACUGGUUUGUUCAGAUCUGUUUGGGUCUGAAGCACAUUCAUGACAGAAAAGUUCUGCACAGAGACAUCAAAGCUCAGAACAUCUUUCUCACUCAAGGAGGGACAAAAGUCAAACUCGGAGAUUUUGGCAUCGCACGAAUGUUAAACAACACAACAGAGCUGGCAAGAACAUGUGUUGGGACACCAUACUAUAUUUCUCCGGAAAUCUGUGAGAAUAAGCCUUAUAACAACAAAACAGAUAUCUGGUCUCUCGCCUGUGUCCUCUAUGAGCUCUGCACACUAAGACACCCAUUUGAAGGCAGCAGUUUGAGGCAGCUGAUCGUGAGGAUAUGUAGGGGGCACUACACUCCAAUAUCACAGCGUUACACUGCUGAACUCAGGCUGCUGCUCUCACAGCUGUUUAAGGUCAGUCCCCGAGACCGGCCCUCGGUCAACUCGCUGCUGAAACGCCCACUUCUGGUCAAACACAUCAGCAAGCACCUGGACCCACAGUUCAUAGAGGAGGAAUUUAGUCACACAGUUCUGCACAGAGAACCUGUAGCACAGCAUGUGAACAAACAUACUGCAGUUACACCAAGGCCUGGUCCAGCAGUAAAGCCUAAGCAUCCACCGAGCAAGCUGCCUCCCAGACCAGAGCGAAGAUGUGCAGUAACCAAGCCUUGCAUCACACAGAAUAAAAAAGUGGCAGGCCAAGCAGCAGUGGUAGAAGUGGGAAAGGCACGAGCAGGAGCACCCGCUCAGUUUGAGACCAAGCCUAAUGCACAUCUGCAGCAUUACAGGCAGCACUGUGACCAUCGGGACCAACUGCAACACCAGCCAUGUGUUCAUCAACCUCCUUUUCCACCUCGUCUUGCUGCACAAGAACCCAUGGAGCUGGAGAGGCCGGCCAAUAGACGGAAUGCUCUGGAGCCCUACCAGCUUGUGGCAGCAGCAAGGGAGGAAUACCUACAGAGAAGACAAGAAGCCAGCCAGUACAAACUCAGAGCCGAAAAACAGCUGGGGCUGAGGCCAAGUACAGCAGAUGCUGAACGGUACAAAUGCCUUGAUGAGAGAGCCACUCCACCUCAGCAAGGACCACAUGACAAAAUACAGGGACAACAGGAGUAUCUCAGGCAGUUAAAGCAAAUCAGGCAACAUUAUCAUGAUGAGAUCAGAGAGAUGAGGCAGAGAGCCUAUGUUGAGGUCCAGCCAAAUGUAGCAGGUGCAUACUUGUUGGAGCGGCCUACAGAAAAUCACACACAUCCACCCAGUGAAGAGCAAAAGCCCACAGAUAUGGAAAAAGCUCUGAGGCAGAUUCUCAAGCAGAAUCAGAAAGAGAGGAGAGAGCUGCAGAAAAAAUAUAAUGACAAGAAGGGAGUCAUGUUUGAGAUCAAGCUGCAAGGUGACAUAAUGCAGGGUGAAGGAGACAAAGAACCACAGGAAAUGGAUGAAAAGAAUGAGGAGGAUCCCCUGAAUCAAACACUGAAAUUUGAUGCAAAGCUCAAAUUCUGGAGACCUGCAGGUGAGACUGAAAUCAAGCAUGAAGAAAGAUUCGAGGAAGGUAGGAGUGAAGAAGGAGAGAAGCAUGUGAAAAGAGGGAUGUGGCGACAUGAAGCUCCUAAAACUCUUCUGAAUGCUCUGGCAAACAUGGAGGUCUCAUCCAUUUGUUCCACAUAUUCAUCUACACAGGCCAGACCUACUGAUCAGGAAGAGAAGGAGCAAUGUUCAGAAGGGCGGCGAAAAUGGACAGACUGCCCACCUGAUACACUCCUUAAUGCUCUGGCUAAGGCACAGCUCACCAACUCUACACUGGGAACAGUCCUACCAUUGAAUGAAGACAGUGAACUGCAGGAAGGGAGUGAAAAGAUUGUGGAAGAUAAAAAAACAGACAACACUGACGAUGAAGGAGAGGACGACUCUGACGUGGAGGUGGACAAGGAGCGCUUGGAGCCCAGAUCAGAUGAUGAUGACACGAACUUUGAGGAGUCAGAGGAUGAGCUUAGGGAGGAGGUGAAGGAUUCCAUGAGAAACCUAUUUAUUUCGGUGGAGGAUGAGGAGGUACAGAGCGCUAAGGCGAUAGAGGAGGGUAGGAAUACAGAGACUCACAUACCAGCGGCCCUGGAACAGAGCCACUCCUAGACUGAGCAAAAAUUUUUUUUAAAAGACCCUGAACCCAGAGGAGCACCAAAUGUAUUUUAAUGCAAGUUUAAGAGAGCGCUGGAGUGUAUUUACAUGUUUUGAUAUGUAUAGGUUUCUGUGUAAUAGAAAAAAUCAGUAAUGGUAUAUACUAAUAGUUUGAAAUAAACAUUUAAUUACACCUUUCUUUCCAG